AUGGUCUGGAAUCAAAAAGGAAGAAACAGAGCGACUCGCGCAUCAGGGUUCGGAGGGGGCUUGGGGAUAGUUAUAAACGAACGAACGACUCCACGAGGCAACUCCAUGAAGUUUAGUCUAGAAUGGGUAAUGGAACUAGGGACGGGACCUCAAUGGGGACCUCAUGACGGGGACCGGAGGGUCCAAACGCCAGGGAAAGGAUCCAAGACGCAAGACCGAGACAAGCAGGGCAAGGAAAGGCAAGAUUCAAGGCGAACCCCGAACGAUGAGCAACAGUCAGUAAGAAAAGAAGCUAAGGAGCGGCGCCACUGGGGCCAGCCCAGGGACGUUGGUGUUCGGUGUUGGUGUUUGGCACCUCAUACUCAUGCACGGGGCAUUUGUUUAGCUCGGGAUCGCACAAUAUUGGGUAAUAGAAAUCAAAGACUGGAUGGACCUUUCGGGUCUGGGGACGUCAGUUAG